ACGAAGGACGAAGCCCGAUAGUUCCAAAUUAUUUCUCAUUCAUUUUCCUUUGUUUCUCUCUCACAAGGAAGAAGCCGUCUCAGCAGGCACUGCUUCUUGGUUUCUCUCCCUCUUCCAAACCUCAAAAACCCUUUUUUAUUUUUUUCUUAUCUCUCUAUGCAACUUCUUAACUAAUUCGCACUUCACGUCUAAUUGUUUCGGCUUACUGAAAGAGGAAAUGGCUGGAAAAUCAAGCAAAGGGAGGAACAAAAAAGGGUCCCAGCAUGCUUCUAGUACUUCAGAACCAGCAGUCUAUUCUGAUCUUCCUGUGAAGAAUAACCUGGAAGCCACUUUAGAAUCUGCUGACGUAGCUGAAACUGCAGCAAUUGGUGAUUCUGUUGGUGCCAAUCAUGAGUCGAAAGAACAUGAAACAAUAACUGAAGGGAGCCAACAAAAGCAAGUGAAAUGGGUGAUCUUCAACUUUACCCUGUUUCUGUUAAAACACAAACUGGGGAGAAACUUGAGCUUCAGUUGAAUCCUGGAGAUUCUGUCAUGGAUGUACGACAAUUCCUCCUUGAUGCUCCUGAGACGUGUUUUAUCACAUGCUAUGAUUUACUGUUGCAUACGAAGGAUGCAUCAACUCAUCACCUGGAAGAUUAUAAUGAAAUUUCUGAAGUAGCUGAUAUUACUACUGGGGGUUGCUCCUUGGAAAUGGUCCCAGCAUUUUAUGAUGAUCGAUCUAUAAGGGCCCAUGUUCACCGUACAAGGGAGUUGCUUUCCCUUUCUAAUCUCCAUGCUUCACUAUCAACAUCGCUUGCCCUACAGAAUGAGAUAUCACAAAAUAAAGGUUCAAAUUCUGCAGAUACCUUGAAACCUGAAGUUCCUGAGCUCGAUGGACUUGGUUAUAUGGAGGACAUCUCUGGUUCAUUGGGUAAUUUGUUAUCUUCCCCAUUGAAGGAUAUUAAAUGCGUAGAGAGCAUAGUGUUUUCAUCCUUCAAUCCUCCUCCGAGCUAUAGAAGGCUUCUUGAAGAUUUGAUUUAUUUGGAUGUGAUCACUCUUGAAGGUAAUAAAUUUUGUAUUACGGGAAGUACAAAAAUGUUUUAUGUCAACUCGAGCUCAGCAAAUACUCUUGACCCAAGGCAAAGUAAAGCUACUUUUGAAGCAACAAAUCUUGUUGCUCUCUUACAAAAGAUUAGCCCUAAGUUCAAAAAAAGCUUUCCGGGAAGUAUUGGAGGGUAGAGCAGCUGCCCAUCCUUUUGAAAAUGUGCAAUCUUUGUUGCCACCUAAUUCUUGGCUUGGAUUAUACCCUGUUCCUGGUGAGCUUAGCCUCUGGCAUUUUUGUUUCAUCAACA